AUGAGACAUAAACCUUAAGCUUAAGUUCCUUAAAAGUAGGCUAAUACACUUAAACCUUGAGAAAGGUAUAAGUGAAAAUUUAAUUUAAGUAGACCAGGAUUAACAAAUGAUCAAAUUAGAAAGGCAUUCAAUUUUUUGAUUCAAAAGGAACUAGAAGAGUAGAUCGAAGUAAAUUAAAGUUAGUUAAGAAGAAUUUAGAUUUUGAUUAAAAAUUUCACAAAUUCUCAUAUGAUUUUGGAAAUUGAAACUGAAGAAUAUUAAGUGCCAGAUAAGAGAUAGAACUGA